CUGAAUUUAGCUAAACUAAAAAAGAGAAAAGAUAAAGACAGAAAAAUAAAUAAGUACAGUGUCUCCGACCAAGCUAUACGAGCAUUUGGAUCAGAUUAGGUCUAAAGAGUAGUCGGAGAAAGCAGCCAUGGGAAGAAGAAAAGUGGAGAUCAAACGAAUUGAGAGUAAAAGCAGUAGACAAGUCACUUUCUGUAAACGUCGAAAUGGUCUCAUGGAGAAGGCUCGUCAACUCUCAAUUCUUUGUGAAUCCUCAGUCGCUAUUCUCAUAGUUUCCUCCACCGGAAAACUCUAUAGCUUCUCCUCCGGUGAUGGCAUAGCCAAGAUCCUCAAGCGCUAUGAGAUACAACACGCUGAUGAACUUAAAAACUUGGAUCUUGCAGAGAAGUCUCGGAAUUAUCUUUCCCACAAGGAGUUACUAGAAAUAGUCAAGUGCAAGCUUGAAGAGGCGAAUACCAACAAUACAAGUUUAGAGUCUCUAAAUUCCCUGGAAGAGCAGUUCAAGGCUGCUCUGUCUACAACUAGAGUUCGGAAGAUGGAACUAAUGAUGGAGCUUGUGAAAAACCUUCAAGAAAAGGAGAAGCUGCUGAGGGAAGAGAACCAGAUUUUGGCUAGCCAGCUAGCAAAGAUGGAGAAGAAGGGGUGUCCGGAAACAGAGGAUGAAGGAGCAAUGUCAUCAGAGAAUAGCUUCAGAAACAGCCCACCGACGACACUCUCGCUUCUAAAGUAACAACCAUCAUCAACAACAGAUUUUUCACCAUAUCCUGAUGAUUCAAAUAAAAUAAAUGUAAAAAAUAAAAAUAUUAGUAUCAUAUACAGAUGUACCUUAAACAUUCUUUUCUUCACAGAAAAGUUGAAGGAAAAACUCAUCCAAAGGACAGGAUGACGGUUUAUUUCCUGUUUCUUAUGUUUUGUGUGUUUCGUAUAAAAAG